AUGGUGGACAUCAUCGACGCGUCCCCGGCGGCGCCCGUGCCCGAGCCCGAGGCCGCGCCGGCGCACCCGGACCCGUCGUCGAUCCCGCACGACGCCUGGCGGCGCUUCGAGAGCGCCGCGCUUGGUGUGGUCAUGGAAUUGAAGCUAGGGUGUCAAGUGUUUAUUGGUGAUGAGUACAAAUGUGUAACGGUAUGGAUAUACUUUGUUGGUUGCGCACUUGAGUAUCCACGUGAUUUGGCGGGUAUGACCUUUAAUGGGAGCGUGAACUAUCUGUUGGCAUGUGUUCGCCUGUUCGGGUACCACAUUAAACACUGCGAAACUGUUGAUAGUGUAUUGGAGGUCUUCCCAUUUGGAUCUGUUCCACUGAAAACAUAUCUUCCUGAUGGAGAUAUCGACUUGACUGCAUUUGGCCCUGCGAUUUCUGAUGAGAAUCUAGCAAAUGAAGUCUGUGCUAUUCUAAGAUCAGAAGAGCAUAGGAAAGAUUCUGAAUUUGAUGUCAAGGAUGUCCAGUAUAUCCAUGCUGAGGUCAAACUGGUAAAAUGUCUAGUACAGAAUAUUGUUGUAGAUAUAUCUGUGAAUCAGAUUGGGGGACUCCGUACGCUUUGUUUUCUGGAGAAGGUUGAUGAAAAUUUUGGAAAAAAACACCUGUUGAAACGAAGCAUAGUGCUUAUUAAAGUGUGGUGUUACUAUGAAAGUCGCAUCCUUGGUGCUCACCAUGGAUUGCUAUCUACCUAUGCCUUGGAGAUUUUAGUUCUGUGCGUUUUCCAUAUCUUCCACAAGACCUUGAGUGGUCCAUUAUCUGUCCUCUAUAGGUUUCUCGAUUUCUAUAGUAAAUUUGAUUGGGAUACCAAGGGAAUCAGCUUGUUUGGUCCUGUUUCCUUAUCUUCACUACCUGAUCUACUGACCCGCAUCUGCCAGCUAUUCAUGAUGAUUUUUUUUCUUCCACGGGAAAAGGUUCUCAGAGAAUGUGCAGAAGCUUUUAGUGCCCCUCCUAGAAACUCUGAGAGAGACGCACAAGUAUUUUCUCGAAAAUUUCUAAAUAUUGUUGAUCCACUGAAACAGAGUAAUAAUCUUGGACGCAGUGUCAGCAAAGGGAACUUUUACCGAAUACGUAGCGCAUUUGAUUUUGGUGCUCGCAAGCUUGGGAAGAUUCUUCAAAUGCCUGUCUGUUAUACUGUCAAUGAAGUGAAUCAGUUCUUCUUGAACACAUUAAAGAGAAAUCAUACUGGGUUCAGACCAGACGUUUUAGCGAGCUCAUUUGAUGAUGGUAUAUUGACUUAUCAUGCCACCAAUGAUUCCUUGUCACUGGGCUUGGAUAGGAGAAGAGUCAACAACAGCAGUUCACCUUUAUACAGCAAUCGCUGUGGUGAUCUGUCUUAUCAGUUUAAUAACAUCUUGAAAGAUCUCACUGGAGAUUUGAAGACAAACUUCCAUAAUCUUCAAACAGAUAUGCCUGCAGAUAUGGGAUCUGGUCAGGAAUUUAGGCAUGAGCUACCACAGAUACAUAUUCCUGGUGGAACUGAUCAUGGAAUGCCAUCUCCAGUUCGAAGGGAUAAUUUUCAUGGCAAUGGUUUCAUGCUCCUGCAAGACAGUAAACUUGUGUCCGGGACCUUUGACAGUAAACUUGAGCCUGGGACCUUGGGGGCGUUGCCUUGGGAAGUUACCUGCAAACACCAUGCUAGCAGAUCAGAAUCUGCUUCCAGCAAUCAAGCUUCUGGUCCUGUGAGUAUUGUUUCUGCUCCCCGAAACACUACGACAGGUUCCAACCAAAUGAGGAUUGCUCAAUCAUAUCGCCUCAAGGACAGCGGUGACUUCCCACCACUAUCUAGUUGA